UAUCUAAAUCCCAAACCAGUCCUCCGUGGCGACACUCCCCUCCACCCUCGGCGGAGCGAGAGAUACGACAGCAGCAACAACGACCGAGGGGAAGCCCAACGAGAUUUCUCUAUUCUCCUCCAAAUCCCUCGGUCUCGUGGCCUUGAACCAUCGAAUCUUUCCUCGAUCCAACAGAAGGAAUCCCGAUUCUCGAUUCUUCGAUCCUUUAAACCCUCCCCUCGAUCUCCCUACGCCGUCUUCGCCGCGUAUCCGGAGAGGCGCGCCGCCUCCGGUCCCCGGAGCGGCGUCCCGGAGCCGAUUAGGGUUUAAUAUCUUGGUCUGAUCCGGCGAUUAUUGGGGAAAUGGCGGCACCGGCGAGCCAGUCUCCCAAUAUGGAGGCAUUCGAUGCCUACUUUAGGAGGGCGGAUUUGGACAAGGACGGAAGGAUCAGCGGGGCGGAGGCGGUGGCGUUCUUUCAGGGAUUCGAUUUGCCCAAACACGUGCUGGCUCAGAUAUGGGAUCAUGCGGAUCAGAAUCACACCAGUUACCUCAGGCGUCAAGAAUUCUACAAUGCUCUGAGACUUGUGACAGUGGCACAGAGCGGGCGGGAACUUACUCCAGAACUAGUCAGGGCUGCCUUAUUUGGUCCAGCUGCUGCUAAAAUUCCUGCACCACGGAUAAAUCCUCCAUCCACUCCUUCGGCUCAGAUGAACUCUCUCUCCACCCCUACACCUUCCCCUCAGAUGGGUGUUGCAGGCCCAACUCAAAAUCCUGGCAUUAGGGGACAGCAGACACGUCCAAGUGCUGCUAUUAACCAGCAAUUCUUUCCUGCAGGCAACCAUUUCAUGGCGCCACCUCAAGCCACAUCUGCUGCUGCUUUCCUUCAACUGCAAGGAGCUAGUCAACGACCACCUGGGGCUGGUAGCAUGGUAGGUCCUCGUCUUCCAAGUUCAAAUACUCCAAAUCUAUCAACUGAUUGGCUUGGUGGUAGGACAAGUGGAGCUUCAGCAGGAGGAACUUCUCAAGUUAAUAUAAGAGGUGCCACUUCCUCGGCAAACCAAGAUGGAUUUGGGGUAUCGCAGUGGGGACCUGCUCCUGGACCACAAACAUCAUCAGCGCUAGCAUCCUCAGUUCCACCAAAAUCACAAGAUGCAGCCCCAUCUUUCUCAUCAUCUUUCCAACCAGUUGCUGCAGACUCAAAAGCUUUAGCUGUAUCUGGAAAUGGCUUUUCUUCUGACUCAGCUUUUGGAGGAGACGUAUUUUCGACCACUCCCCAGUCAAAGCAAGACGCAUCUUUACCCACCUUCUCUGCAACUAGUGCGUCUAGCUCAUCCAGUGUUGGCACAGCUGUUGCUGGUUCUUUAAAUUCCUUUAAGCCAGGGCAGCUUGAUUCAUUGCAGAGCACACCAUCACUUCCUCUUGGUGGUAGUCUGUCACAACAAACUCCAUCACUAGUUAAGCAAAACCAACUAGGUGCUAUGCAGAGCACUUCAGCAUUAACUGUAUCUAAUGUUCCAGUUGGAGCUGUUGGAUCUGCUUCUGGUCAGUCCCAGCUGCCAUGGCCAAAAAUUUCACAAUCUGAUGUUCGGAGGUACGGCGAAAUAUUUGUGCAGGUAGACAAGGAUAAAGAUGGGAGAAUCACUGGUGAACAGGCACGCAAUCUGUUCCUGAGUUGGAAACUACCCAGAGAGGUCUUAAAGCAGGUGUGGGAUUUAUCUGACCAGGAUAAUGAUGGCAUGCUUUCAUUAAGGGAGUUUUGUACUGCUUUAUAUUUAAUGGAGAGAUACCGAGAAGGGCGCCCUCUUCCAGCAGUGCUUCCAAAUAGCUUUAGGGUUGAUGAGACAUUGUUGCUAACUGCAGCUCAACCUUCAACCCCAUAUGGUGGUCCGGUCCGGCAGCCAAGCCCUGGAUUAUCACCACAAGCAGCUGCUGAAUCACGGUCUGCAAUACCUACUACUUUAGUGAAGCAACCUGUGCAAACUCCAACCCCUUCUAAGUCUGAUGGCACAGUGCAACCAGCAGAACAGAAAUCAAAGGUCCCAGUAUUGGAGAAGCAUCUUGUUGACCAACUAAGCAGCGAGGAGCAGAGUUCACUGAACUCGAAGUUCCAGGAGGCUACGGAUGCAGAGAAAAAAGUUCAAGAAUUGGAAAAGGAAAUACUCGAUUCUAAAGAAAAGAUCGAUUUUUACCGUGCCAAGAUGCAAGAACUCAUUCUUUACAAAAGUAGGUGCGACAACAGGCUAAAUGAGAUCACUGAAAGGGCUUCUGCUGAUAAACGUGAGUUUGAAUCUUUGGCAAAGAAAUAUGAAGCAAAGUGCAAGCAAGUUGGAGAUGUGGCAUCAAAACUUACGAUUGAGGAGGCUACCUUUCGUGAUAUUCAGGAAAGGAAACUGGAAUUGUAUAAUGCAAUAAUCAAAAUGGAACAAGGUGGAACUGCCGAUGGUGUGCUUCAGGUUCGAGCUGAUCAGAUACAAUCCGAUCUUGAGCAACUUGUGAAAGCUUUGAAUGAACAAUGCAAACGGUUUGGAUUACGUGCCAAACCAAUGUCAUUGGUUGAGCUUCCUUUUGGUUGGCAAGCUGGCAUUCAAGAAGGCAUUGCUGAUUGGGAUGAAGACUGGGACAAAUUUGAAGAUGAUGGGUUUACAAUUAUAAAGGAGCUUACUGUUGAAGUGGAAAAUGUUGUUGCCUCUGCAAAACCCAUGCCUCCAACUUCUCAGAAUGAUAAAACCUCCAAGGAUGAGGUGUCUGCAGUUACAUCAUCAUCUGAUGUUGAUAACAAAAUUGAGAAGCCUUCUACUGCAACUGAGAGGAUGGCUGAGAAUGAAUCCACCUAUGCCCAUAGUGAAGAUGGAUCAGCUAAAAGUCCCCCAGACAGUCCUGGAAGAAAUGCUUUUGACAAUCUGUCUGAAGAAAAUCAUUUGAGAUGGUCUGGAGUUCACGAUAUCUCACCCCAUGCUAGAGAAAGUAACAGUAUUCAUGGUCUUGCUGAAUCGUCUGUGUGUGUGGACAAGUUUGUCGAUGAGCACUCGUGGAGUCCAACUUUUGAUCGUGGUGAUGAUACUGAUUCAAUAUGGAACUUCGAUUCUAAGGAGAGUGAUAAUGAUAAGAACAGACAGAGCUUCUUUGGAUCUGAUGACUUUGGUCUAUUUCCAAUCAGGACAGACUCUCCAACUGCAGCUAGUGUAUUUGGGAGAGAUAAGAAAAGCCCAAUAUUUGAUUCAGCUCCAAGUACACCUCUCUUCAGCUCUAGCUUCUCGCCAAGGUUGAAUGAAGGACCAGAUGACAACUCUUUUGACAGUUUUGCUCAUUUUGAUUCCUUCAGAAUGCAAGAAAGCGGUGUUACACAAGAUCAGUCUUUUGCAAGGUUUGAUUCCAUUCAUGGCACGGACUAUCAUGAUAGUGGUGUUCCAAAGUAUCAGACACUCGCAAGGUUUGAUUCCAUGCGUAGCAUGACUGACUACCCACAGCAUCAGACCUAUGCAAGGUUCGAUUCCAUUCAAAGCACUGCUGACUACAGUCGGGGUUUCUCUUUUGAUGAUGCUGAUCCCUUCGGCUCUGGACCAUUUAAGUCUUCAGGAACUCAUAGCCCAAGAACUGGAACCGAUAAUUGGAGUGCAUUUUAGUCAGUAUUGCACUACUGAGAAAGCUUUUUAUUUGUGCCUUAAUGCUGGAUUAUCCAAUCAGGAAUGAUUUCUCCGAUUUUGUGUGCUCUAAACCUGUGAAGAUUGUUUGUAUGUUUGGAAAACAUCUGUCUUCUUUGUCAUCAACAUUUUUUUCCCCUUUAAAUUUCUGUUUGUCGAGGAUGGGGGUAGAAAAUUUUCAUUUCUUCCGCUUACAUAUUUGAUGUGGCAUGAUGAACAUUCUUAUAGCAUGUAUUCCUUAUUAUUUGUCAUUUAAGCUUUUGAAUCAGAACGUGUUAAGGUAUUCUGCUUAUAUUUUGUA